ACCAUCCACGUUGGGGAGAGCUGUGGCUGUGAGAGGCCUCCCGGGCGUGUGGUCCUCUCUCCGCUGUGAGUAAUCCUCAGCCACAUUUGCAGCUCCCAGGGGAUUGUGUAACUUCCUCUCAGGCCAAGGUGCAGGGGGCUGGGUGAGAAACAGCACUGGGGAAAAUGAGGAAACUGGGGCCGGCUCUGGGGCAGGGGCACAGCCCUGGGCCCUGGCCCCCGGAGGAGCUGAGCAUUCCUGGGGGCCCCCUUCCAGGGGGCUGCCUUCGCCCAGGGAGCCAGCAGCCGCCAUGGCGUCGCGCAUCGGGCUCCGCAUGCAGCUCAUGCGGGAGCAGGCGCAGCAGGAGGAGCAGCGGGAGCGCAUGAAGCAGCAGGCCGUCAUGCAUUACAUGCAGCAGCAGCAGCAGCAGCAGCAGCAGCUGGGGGGGCCGCCUACCCCUGCCAUCAACACCCCCGUCCACUUCCAGUCUCCGCCACCAGUGCCCGGGGAGGUGCUGAAGGUGCAGUCCUACCUGGAGAACCCCACCUCCUACCACCUGCAGCAAUCCCGGGACCAGAAGGUUCGGGAGUACCUGUCGGAGACCUACGGGAACAAGUUUGCCGCCCACAUCAGCCCUGCGCAGGGCUCCCCAAAGCCCCUGCCAGCCGCCUCCCCCGGGGUGCGGGCCGGACAUGUGUUGUCUUCCUCGGCUGGCAACAGUGCUCCCAACAGCCCCAUGGCCAUGCUGCACAUUGGCUCUAACCCCGAGCGGGAGUUUGAUGUUAUCGACAACAUUAUGUGUCUGGACGAUGUCCUGGGCUUCAUCAAUCCUGAAACUCAGAUGCCUAACACGCUGCCCCUGUCCAGCAGCCACCUGAAUGUGUACAGUGGAGACCCCCAGGUAACCGCCUCCCUGGUGGGAGUCACCAGCAGCUCCUGCCCGGCUGACCUGACCCAGAAGAGGGAGCUUACAGAUGCUGAGAGCCGGGCUCUGGCCAAGGAGCGGCAGAAGAAAGACAAUCACAACCUCAUUGAAAGGAGGCGGAGGUUCAACAUCAAUGAUCGCAUCAAGGAGCUGGGAAUGCUGAUCCCCAAGGCCAAUGACUUGGACGUGCGCUGGAACAAGGGCACCAUCCUCAAGGCCUCUGUUGAUUACAUCCGGAGGAUGCAGAAGGACCUGCAGAAGUCCCGGGAGCUGGAGAACCACUCUCGGCGCCUGGAAAUGACCAACAAGCAGCUCUGGCUCCGUAUCCAGGAGCUGGAGAUGCAGGCUCGCGUGCACGGCCUCCCGACCACCUCCCCGUCGGGCAUGAACAUGGCGGAGCUGGCCCAGCAGGUGGUGAAGCAGGAGCUGCCCAGCGAGGAGGGUCCUGGGGAGGCCCUGCUGUUGGGGGCCGAGAUCCCCGACCCCGAGCCACUGCCGGCUCUGCCCCCCCAGGCCCAGCUGCCCCCACCAGCUCAGCCACCCCAGCCACCGUCCCCCUUCCACCAACUGGACUUCAGCCACAGCCUGAGCUUUGGGGGCGGGGGCAGCGAAGGGCCCCCAGGCUACCCUGAACCUCUGGGGCCAGAGCACGGCUCCCCAUUCCCGAACCUGUCCAAGAAGGAUCUGGACCUCGUGCUCCUGGAUGACUCACUGCUACCCCUGGCCUCCGACCCCCUCUUCUCCACCAUGUCCCCCGAGGCCUCCAAGGCCAGCAGCCGCAGGAGCAGCUUCAGCAUGGAGGAGGGUGAUGUGCUGUGACCUGGGCAGCGGGGGCAGGCCUGGGGGCUGGGAGGGCUAGGGCCACCUCCCUCCCAGCAUUCAGGCUGCACUUGUGUGUGAAGUAGCCACCUGCCCCGCCUCACUCCUCCCUGUCAGCCCCCUGUUUGGACUGAGUGCCUGCUUGGCAGCCUGUGGGGUCAGAAGCCCCCCACCCAGGGGCAGCCCUCUUGAUGGGGCUGGGCACGAAUAAGCCUUUAACCUGGCUCCUGGAGGUGAAAUCACAAGAGCAAGGGAAGGGACAGGGUACACUGGAGGCCAGAAGAAGUCCUGUCUUCUGAGCCUGGUUCCCCCCACCAGUGAAGGACACAUUGGAACAGAGGGUUCAGAAGUUCCUUCUCAGAGGUAGUGACUGGUCCAGGGGGUGCCCAGGCCUGCCUUUCUGGGACUCUGAUGGCAACAAGCCCGUCCUCCAGCCUGGCACUCCCUGCCCCUCAUGCAGGUGGGGCACCCCCACCCCCUUUGGUGCUAACAGCUCUCCACCAGGUGGUGUGAGGGCGGGGGUGGCCAGAAGAGGGGGCGCUGGGCUCAAGUUAGAGCGUGGGGUCACUGCUGGAAGAGCAGUUCCCCUCCAGGCUCCCCACUUUGUGCCUUUAGUAAACACUGUGCUUUGUA